AUGUCGCGUCGCGAAAGCUGUGAGCGAUCUUUAGGUACAAAUUUCCUACGUCUCCUUCCUCUGACGAUAUAUCAAAGUGAUCUCACUGCCAAUGGCGACUAUAUGGAAUACAGACACCAACAUCAGUUCAAUACGAAUCUUUCUCUCCGAGGUGUCGCUUUGAUACUUGACAAGAAGUGGAACAACGCUUAUUUGAUACCGCAAAGUCAUAAGGUCACUACUUUCUUUAGUUAG